UUAUAGUGUGGAAACUGUAAUGAAUACAAAAUGGUUACGAGGCUGGUCGAUCUUGACUGACAUCAUAGUGAGAGAGUUAAGUCAAUUUUAAAGUGAAUGUGAGAUACUACAAAAAAGGAUGAAAAUAUACUGCUAAAAUAUUUGUCAUGUAUCACAUAAGAAGUAUCAGUGUGUUGAUUGAGAAACAAUUAUAUGUAGGUUAACUUCAGAAUUUUAACAAAAAAUAGUCGAAGUAUUACAGAAGUUUUAUAACUAAUUUUGUAAGCUUGCUUAGAACUCAGUUGACAAACAUAUUCCUUUUCAUAUUCCCUGUUUUUUAUAAAUUGUAUAUUUUUUUGUAUAUUUUGUAUAUUUGCAUAUAUUUACCUUUUAAAUCUCUCUCAUUAAGGACUGCCUGAUAUUUGAUUUCUGUGAGUUAGUUAGAUGUGUCAAGUAGCUGAUUAUAUAAGCUAAUAUAAUUUAAUUGCAGGUAAAGGAAGACUAUAGCAAGGCUACAGAAGUGUUAAAUGAAGCUGUUGAGAAAGAUGGGGUAAGUGUAAAAACAUGUUUUCAGUUUUUAGUUGCUAUUUCAAAGAUCCGGGCAAUUCUUGAAAAGUUCUUAAGAGUAAGUUGGUAAUUCCAAGGCUGUGAUAAUUUGAGUAACAAUCAUGAAUUUUUCUAGCCCUUACAGACACACAGAUGAUCAAGGCGAACCCAUCCUUUAGCUUAUUACAACAAGGAAGUGGGGUGGUUUUACAAAAGAGGUUUGAACCACCAUUGUUUUAGCUGAGUCUAACCCCCAACUCCACAUGCAGCUGGUUGAUGUAGGGUAUCAGCAGUCUCCGCUUGAUGAAGAUGGGGUAAUCCAGGCUUUUGAUAAGGCUCUGAAUAGCCAGCUGACAUUGGAGCAAAAGCUGACAUUCUGCCAGAGAAAACUGGAGUUUCUGGAAGAUUUUGGGAGUGAUAGUAACAGAACUCAGGAAGCAUUUGAAGAGUAUGGAAAGCUGUUGAAGACUCACAUUGCUGCCAGCAGAAAAAGGCCUGCUGAAACAAAUGAUGAAAGUUCUGUGGAGAAAAAGGCCAAAUCUGAAAUCAAUGGCUCAGUACCAGUAUCCACACCACCUGCUCCAGUGAACCCUCCUGCACCAGCUCCAAUUCCUGUCCCAGCUCCUGUACCUACUCAGCCAGUUCAACCUGCUCCUGCACCAAUGGCUCCUGAUCCAUCAGCAGCUUAUGGCUACCAUCAGGCUUGGCCAGGAGCUUACCCUCAGAAUCCAUAUAACUACCAACAGCCAUGGACAGGAUACCAUCCAUCUUACUAUCCUCACUGAGCUUAUUCAUGUCUGAACUAACCACUUAGAUAAAAAGUUGCAUUUAUAUUUUAUUUUAGUGAUUUUUGUUUGUUUUUCCUGAGAAAUUUGAUGGCACUGAUUGGUACAUGUUAAAGAAUCUGUUUGAACAGUAUUGGUUCAUUUAAGGCAAAGCUGGCCAAUGAGAAGUGUGAGCCUUUUCUAAAAUCUGUGUAGCUGGUGUUUUAUGUUGAGUGUUUACUAAGUGCAUUGGUAAUUGUAUAGAACAUCCAGAGGAAAAAUUUAUGUAAUAAAAAUUUUCAUUGUC